CUUGGGCUGACUUCACUCCGAGUUCUCAUAUAUAGCUCCACGCAUAUAACCGUCAUCGAAGGCACCGGCGGUGUGGCAUCGUUGCCCCCGAGUACGAAUUCCUUCUCAGCUUCUCUGCCAAUGGCCGCUCAAGCUGCCGGGACCCUUUUCCUUUGCCUCCUCGUCUUAUCCGGUCCGUAUGCCGCCGUCGCCGCCGGCGAGAAGGCGACCGUGUCUGUGAGGGCGGUGACGGCCAUCUCCCACACCGACGACGACUUCAUCUGUGCGACGCUCGACUGGUGGCCCAGGGACAAGUGCAACUACGGCAUGUGCCCCUGGCACAACUCCUCCAUCAUCAACCUGGAUCUCUACAGCCCUAUUCUCUACAAUGCUGUCAAAGCCUUCAACUCGCUGCGGAUUAGGCUUGGAGGAUCGCUGCAGGACCAGAUCACGUACAAGGUUGGCAAGCACUACGCCGACUGCCCCAGCUUCCGGCGAAACGACGACCGCCUCUUCGGCUUCACUGAGGGCUGCCUCGCCAUGAACCGCUGGGACGAGCUCAACAUCUUCUUCCGGCGAACCAACACGACGGUGACGUUCGGGCUGAACGCGCUGAGGGGCCGGCGCAAGGCCGCCGAGAACGGCAGCACGCUCCACGUCGGCGGCUGGGACGGCCGCAACGCGCGCGACCUGAUGCGCUACACCGUGAGCAAGGGCUACCGCGUGGAGUCGUGGGAGCUGGGCAACGAGCUGUGCGCCGGCGGCGUGGAGGCCAAGGUGAAGGCGGCGCAGUACGGGAAGGACGUGCUCCGCCUCAGGAGGAUGGUGGAGAAGGUGUACAACGGCACCGGCCACCUCCCCAAGGUCCUCGCGCCGGGGGGCUUCUACGACGGGCCCUGGUUCUCCGAGAUGCUGCGCGUCUCCGGCCCCGGCGUCGUCGACGGCGUCACGCACCACAUCUACAACCUCGGCUCCGGGAAGGACAAGGAGCUGAUCAACAAGAUGCAGGACCCGUACUACCUGGACAAGGUGGCGCAGGCGUUCAGCGACAUGGAGGCGACGGUGCGGGAGUCCGGGCCGUGGAGCUCGGCGUGGGUGGGCGAGUCCGGCGGCGCGUACAACAGCGGCGGGAAGGACGUGUCGGACAGGUUCGCCAACAGCUUCUGGUACCUGGACCAGCUAGGGAUGUCGUCCGUGUUCGGCACCAAGGUGUACUGCCGGCAGGCCCUCGUCGGCGGGAACUACUGCCUCCUCAACACCACCACGCUCGCCCCCAACCCGGACUACUACAGCGCGCUGCUCUGGCACCGGCUCAUGGGCCCGGGGGUGCUCCAAACCACCGCCGCCGCCGGCUCGCCGUACCUCCGCUCCUACGCGCACUGCUCCAAGAAGCAGCCUGGCGUGACGGUGCUCCUGAUCAACCUGUCCAACUCGACGGCGUUCGACGUGACGGUGGCCGGUGACAUGGACCUGCACCCGCCGCCGCGGAAGUUGCUGCAGGCGGAAGCAGGCGGCGGAAAGGAGGCGGUGUGCGGCGGGCGGAGGGAGGAGUACCACCUGAGCCCCGAGGGCGGCGACAUCCAGAGCCAGGUGGUGCUGCUCAACGGGGAGCCGCUCGCGCUCGGCACGUGCGGCCAGAUCCCCGAGCUGCGGCCGGCAAUCGCCAUCGACGGGUGCACGCCGGUGCACGUCGAGCCCCACUCCAUCGCGUUCGUCAGGUUCACCGGCUUCAAGGCUCCUGCCUGCGCGUAAUAGAAGCGACGAGGUUCCAUUUGUACUCCUAUUUGUGAACUACAGUAGUUAGGACGCACGUGACAUGGAGAAGGCACUAGGUGCCCAUGCCGGCGCCACACCGUGAAAUCUGAGCUGUCCACCGAUACCUCGUGAUUGUAGAACAAUAAAUACAAAAAUUGAUGUUACACAAGAAUUAGCAGGUAGUACACCACACUGCCAUAUCAUGAAGAGCCAGCGUUAUUAACUCGGAUAAUUUGAAGGUCAUUGGCAUCAUGAAGAAUGAAGGGCAGUUGUUUUUGGCGAUUGUUAUUUUAUGGCAUGUGAUUUUCCUCGCA